AUGCUUUCUUUCAUUGCUCUGCCCCGCGUGGGCCUCUCCUCUCUAAGAAACCGAGUCGCCGUUCGCUCCAUCUCCACUACCAGCGCUUUGCGCAACGCCACCGGCGACGGCAAGCCUGCCUUUCCAUUCGCAAAGGGCCCUGCGCCCCCUCGUCUCCCCAAGGAAGAACAGGAGAUUUUCGAGGAGCUACAGAAGCGAUCAACGGGCGCUUUCAGCACACCACAGGUCAACCAGUCGCCCAAAGCCGAAAUCAAAGUCAAUGGCAAUGGCGAGGAGCUUCACCCCGAUGCGCCGCAAGGCCUGAAGCCUGAAUUCGAGGGCGAGACGAACCCCAAGACUGGCGAAGUUGGAGGACCCAAGAAUGAGCCUCUCCGCUGGGGUGCCGCUGGUGAUUGGAGCUAUGGUGGCCGGGUGACUGAUUUCUGA